AUGGGAAGAAGAUACAUGCCACUGGCAGCGGGAAAUCGGAUGCCACUGGAACAAGUAUACGAGCACAACCGCUGCGUCCAACGUCAUAUGAAGUGUCUGAAAUACGCACACGAAAAUGGAUGUCCCUGGGAUGAAGAUACAUGCCUAGCUUACGCCUUUGAGAACGGGUGCCCCUGGCACGAAUAUACGUGCAGCUCCGCCGCGUUCAACGGCCACCUGGAGUGCCUGACUUACGCCUUUGAAAACGGGUGCUCCUGGCAAGAAUAUACGUGCAGCCACGCCGCAUUGUACGGUCACCUGGAGUGCCUGAAUUAA